AUGUCGCCGGCUUCUCCUAGUUCCACUGCGGGCGGCGCAAUGUCGGACGCAGAGGCGCCCACGUCUCCAGCGCGCGGCGAUGAGGGCAAAUCCUUCCUCUCGCAGGCCAUGACCGAAGACGACGAUACCCGAAUGAUAGACGGCACGCCCGAGCCAAGCGAGAAGACGUCAGGCCGUGGGAAGGGCAAGAAUGCAGCAAAAGAGUCAUCCAGCAACAUCACUGGCAAGAUUCGGCAUCUAAAGAAGGAGGAUGGCGAGCCUCUCUGGCGCAAGGACAUCCAAUACGAUUUCCUCAAGGCCAUCUUCGAUGACGAAACAGCCGUCUUCACGAACUCGUAUGAGCCCGAGAAACCCCGCCAGAACUUUGCCGAUCUCUACAUCGACACCAUGUCGCGAAGCAGCAAGACGAGCAAGGUGCUUCGCGACAAGCUUCUCAGCGAUCGCAGUGCGGCAAAGGGCAUGGCCAUGGUCUGCCUGCUGGUCAACAUCGGCAGAAUGAACACAACGCUGAACUUCUUCCCCGAGAUGCGAGCCCAAUUGCGAACAUACCACGCCAUCCCCUCCCUUCAGGCGCAUCAAGAUGCGCAUGCCUACAAGCAGCUUCAGGACGCUCCGAGAUUAAAGUCCAUCCUCAAGGGCGGUGCCGAGGACCGCGAAGAGCCUGGCAGCCUAAACAAGAUCAAAGGCCGCGAUGUUCCUCGAACGAACCCUGUGAACCUGCUCUUCGUCAUUUGCCAAUCGGCCGCAAAGAUCGCCGAGUUGCAUUUCCCGCCCGGACGAGAAUUCCACGACUUGGUCAUGAAGACCAACUACACCAGCAUGUCCCGUGCUAAGGCGUUUCUUUGGAUCAUGUGGUUCUACCUUGAGUCCGAUUUCACGGAAGAGGGUUGCGACGAGAACCCGUUUGGUCCAGGCGUCGACUACGGCGUGGACGUCGCCAACCAAGGCGUCCCGGAGCUCAUCGAGAUGACGCCAGAGGAAGAGGCGGCAGAGAAUGUCGAUACGGAGCUGGAGAUCAAAUUCGGUGAGGAGAAGCAGAAGAUGCGUGCCAAGAUUCUGGAGGCAGACCAGGCGUAUCUGGCUGACAACCAAACGAAACGCGGCUCGAGAACAUCGCGUGUAAUGGCCGAGGAUGGGCCAGCCAUCUUGCCUCGCAUCCGCCCGUCGAAGCACGAGUCUGAUCUAGAUAGUGUUCGUUCGACACCGCCGCCCAAAGCAUUGGCACGAGGGCUCGGGGGCUCGGUGCGACGUGGGGGUGCACCCCUCAAGUACCAGAUCUUCGAGGCUUCUUCUCCAGCUGCCCAUGGCUCCGCCGAGGGCAUCGUUGCUAGAAAGCCUCGGCCCCCCACAGCACACCAAAUCGCGGUAGAGAGAAACAGAAACCAACGGGUUGAGUACAUCCUCGAUCGUGGCUACCGCAAGGAACUUCAUAAGGCGAAGAAGAAGCGGCAGCAGGGAAGCACUCUCUACCGGGCGUUCAUGCGUAUCAAGCAAAUGGAGAAUCCUUUCGAGGACAGCGACCCAGAGGACGAUCCCCGUCAGCAACUGGCAAACAACGAUGGGAACGCUGGGCCCUUUAGACAAAAAGGCAUCGGGGGUAUCGCGCCCCUGGCAUCCGAGAACGACGACUUUGGUGAAGAGGCGAACGCCUACGCCGCAGCUCUAAGACGCACUUCACGGCGUCUGAAACGGUGGGAUGCCCACGAGGGUCCGCCUCUCGGUGUCAUCCCUCCCAGGAAGAGGAAGAAGGUCAACGGCGAGACAAAUGGAAAUGACGAUGCGGGCGACAUGACCAUGGACAUUGACGCCCAGAGAGCCUCAGAGAUGAGGGAGGGAUCACAGGCCCAGGCGAACGGCGAUGCCAACGGUGACGAGACUCUCGGCGACAUCACGAUGGGAGACGUUACCAUGGACGACGGCGACGACGCUGACAAGACGGCCGCCGCCGACGAUGACGAAGAGCUGGACGACAUGGACAGGUCUUUGUUAGGUCUUCCCGCCGAAGACGCCGAAGAUUCUGCCUCUGAAGACGAUUAG